UGAAAGAGUUAAAAAUGGAAUUCCUUGGGAAUAAUUUGGGGAAUUUUCUGGGAAUUCCAUCCCAGCUCCUCCCAGGCAGCAAUUCCUUCCCCAUAUCCAAAAUAAUCUGCACAUCACCCCAAAAAACUCCUUGCUGAAACACUGAAAAUCCAAAAUCUCCAAAAAUCUGGGUGGAAAACACAAUUUUGUGCACGUGGAUUCACUGCCAUUUCUCCUUAUUUCUUGGAUUUAGAAGUUUUUUAUUUUCUAUCUCAUUUUUCCAGAUGAAAACUGAAUUUUUUUUUUAAUUUCCCAGGAUGAGAGGCUCCAAGAGGAGGCACCUGACAGCCCCAGAGUGCCAAGCCCUGGCUCAGAGCCCCGAGGGUUUGUCCCCCCUGAGGCAGCCCCUGAGCCUGGCCCGAGGCAGAGGAGGGAGGAAGCAGAGCCUUCAUCCCCCCCAGAGCCAUCCCAGAGGCCAGCAGAGGAACAUCCUGGAUUUCUUCAGGAUCUCCAAACCCCGCCAGCUGGAACCUGCAGGGAUGCAGAACACCAAGGAGGAACCUCAGGAUCUCAUUUUCCCUGCAUCUCCCCCUUCCUUCAGCAGCAAUUCCUCACUUUUCCUGAACUCCCAACACUCUGUUCCAUCUCCCAAGAAAAGAACUCUCCCAGCUCCAAGCUCAGAGCAGGAUCUGGGGGAAGGAAAUGAGGAGAAAAUCCCCAAAAUCAGUGGGAUCAAACAGGAAUGGGAAGAGCUGGAAGUGGAGCAGGAUGUGGGGGAGAGAACUGAGCAGAAAAUUCCCAAAAUUAAAGGGAUCAAACAGGAAUGGGAAGAGCUGGAGGUGGAGCAGGAUGUGGGGGAGAGAAAUGAGGAGAAAAUCCCCAAAAUUAAAGGGAUCAAACAGGAAUGGGAAGAGCUGGAGGUGGAGCAGGAUGUGGGGAAGGGAAAUGAGCAGAAAAUCCCCAAAAUUAAAGGGAUCAAACAGGAAUGGGAAGAGCUGGAGGUGGAGCCUCUCCCAGAUUCCCACUUUGGGCUCCUGGGCACAAGGAACUGGGAGGUUCCUCAGGGAUCCAUAAAUGAUCUUCCUGCUGAAAUCCUCAGGAAUAUUUUUGCCUUCCUGCCAGUUCUGGAUCUGUAUCAGAACCUGAGCUUGGUGUGUCACUCCUGGAGGGAAAUAAUUCGGGAUCCACAGUUCAUUCCUUGGAAAAAACUCUACCACAGCUACCUGAGGGGAGAGGAGGGGGCCCUGCAGAGGGUGCAGCAGCUCCUGCAGCAGUUCUGCAUCAGCAGGGAGCAGCAGGAGUGUGUGCUGGGGCUGGUCAGGUUGGUGGCAUCCAUGGGACCCAAGGUGGAUCCCAGUGGGGUUCUCCAGAUUUUGGGAACUCAUCCCCUCUUCCCAAAGGCUCAACUCUGUGUCCUCAACAAAUUCCCAGAUUUACAGAGGGCUGAGCAGCUGUGGGCAGUGGUGGCAGUGCUGGUGCUGUUCUCUGGCACUGUGGGUGACAUCCAGAGGGUGCUGGGCUGUUUUGGGAGCCCCCAGUGCAGGCUGGGGGUGCUGGAGGUGACCGAGGUGCUGCACUGCCUGGCCACGCUGCUGCGCGCCGCGAGGGACAGGGGCGUCCUCAUCUCCAACAGGAUUCACUACAAUAUUCUUUACUGUUUAUCCCUGAUGGAAAAUUCCAGAAUUGUGCCUGUGGAAGAAGGAAGAGUGAAUUUGAGUUGCAGUGGAGGAGCUGAUAUCAAACUGACCCAUGAGCAGCAGAGGAUUCUGAAUCACAGAAUUGAGCCUGGCCAGACAGUGAAAAUUAUGGCAUUUGCAGGCACAGGGAAAACCUCGACCCUGGUGAAAUACACGGAGAAAUUCCAGGAGCUGCAGUUCCUGUACCUGGCCUUUAACAAAGCUGUGGCUGAGAAAGGGAAAAGGGUUUUCCCAAGGAAUGUCACCUGCAAAACCUUCCACUCCUUGGCCUUUGGCAGCGUUGGCAGACUGUACAAAGCCAAAGGCAAGCUGAACUUCUCCAAGCUGUCAGUGUACUCCAUCAGCCUCCUGCUGCAGCACAGGGAGGGGCAGUCCCUGUAUGUGAGAGCCAAAAUGGUCUCCAGGACCCUGGAAAACUUCUUUGCCUCCUCUGACCGCGACAUCUGCGAGGAGCACGCGCCCCUGUGGUACAAAAACACCCAGGGGCAGCUGCAGCUGAUGGACAGGGAGGACAAGAGGAUCAGUGUGGAGGAGGCCAAGCAGAUCUGGCACCACAUGCAGCAGCUGGAUGGGGACACAGCCAGGAGAUACAAGAUGACUUGUGAUGGGUAUCUGAAGCUGUGGCAGCUCAGCAAGCCCCAGCUCUCAGGGUUUGAUGCCAUCCUGGUGGAUGAAGCUCAGGACUGCACCCCAGCCAUCGUGGACAUCGUGCAAUCCCAGAGCUGCGGGAAGCUGCUGGUGGGAGACCCUCACCAACAGAUUUACAGCUUCAGGGGGGCUGUGAACACCCUGCACGUGCUGCCCCACAGCCACCUCUUCUACCUCAGCCAGAGUUUUCGCUUCGGGCCCGAAAUCGCCUACGUGGGAUCCACAAUCCUGGAAGUGUGCAAAGGGAUCCGCGGAAAAACCCUGCUGGGAGGGAGCCAUGGGGGGGACGUGCGGGGAGCCCGGCAGGGACAGGUGGCUCUGCUGUCCCGGAGCAACUUCAACGUGUUUGAGGACGCCGUGGAAUUCUCUGGGAGAGCACCCCCAGUCAAAAUCCACAUAAUUGGGGGACUGGAGAAAUUUGGCCUGAGCAGAAUUUAUGACAUUUGGAAGCUGAGCCAACCUGCAGAGGUCAGGAAGAAUUCCCAGCUGCAGAUUGAGGAUCCCUUCCUGAGGAGGUGGGAGCAGGGCCAGGGGUUCCUGGGGCUGAAGGAGUUCGCGCUGCGCACGGACGACGCCAACCUGCAGGGCAAGAUCUGCAUCGUGGAGAAACACGGGGACAGGAUCCCAGAGCUGCUGCAGCGCAUCCAGGAGAGCCACGUGGGCCAGCAGGGCCAGGCAGAUUUCCUGAUGGGCACCGUGCACCAAGCCAAGGGCCUGGAGUUCGACACCGUUUGUGUCGCCGAUGAUUUCGCGCAGAUCCCGUCUGUCACUGGGGCCUUCCUGAGGAGCAUCAGCCUGAGCCUGGGCAGGACCCCUGAGGAUGAGUGGAACCUUCUCUACGUGGCUGUGACCAGAGCCAAGAGGUGCCUGCUGCUGUCCCAGUCCCUGGAAAACCUGCUGAGCCUGGCUGGGGAGCGUUUCCUGAGGGUGGAGCUGCCCAGAGAGGCUGGGAAGGACAAGGAUGGAGCUGCUGUCACUUGUUGUAUGUCAGGAUGUACAAAAUCCCUGGAAUUCAGCACUGGGCUGCUGGUGAAGAAGCUGCCAUUGACUCAUCUUACCAAUGGAAGAGGCCACGGACUGGAUGGAAACUGGAAAAGAGGAGAAAAAAGAAAAUUUUGAGCUGCAAAGCUCCAAACCCCAUCCCAACCCCGUUCCUCACCCCUCUGGGUUGUGCUCUCCGCGCUCGGUGCCAGCGUUUCCCAGGGAAGAGCUGGAUCUCCUUUGGGAAAACACAGCAGGAGACACCAUCAGCUGGGAAAUGAACUCUCCAGUAGGUUUGGUAAGUGAGAGAGACAAAAUGAUUUCAUCCAACAUUGAAAUCUGGGGUAAAUCCCACAAAUUCUGGAUGUUCAUUGUCAAAUUUUAACAAUUUUCACAUUUUAGCCAAUAAGGAAUUGGCUUUGAGUUAUUAAUUACCAUUCUAUUGACUGACAGUUUGUCCCUUUUGAAUUAUCCUAAUUAAUCUGUGUUUUAAUUCUGUUUUCCCAGUUUGUGGGAUUUAUUGGGACCUGUGAUUUAUGUGAUUUUUGUGAUUGAUGAAUUCCACGUUCCUGCUGUUCCAUCCUCAAUAAAUUCCUCUCCCAAAAAUUUAUCUCCUCCCCCAGCUCUGAAGGAUCUGAACCCUUAAACUUUUCUUUUCCCAACCCAUGGACAUCCCUCAUGAUCCAUCAGGAAUUCCAUGGAUUCAAUUCUGUGCUUUUCCCCCAUUUCUGAUUCUUUUGGAACAAACAGAAAUUUUUUGGAUGAUUUUUUUUCUCGCGCGUUUUUUCCCCCGUUCUCCAUUUCAGGAAUUGUCGCAAAUCCCAAAUUCCCCGAGGUUCUCACGGAUGCA